AUGACAUCCCCAAAAUCCAAACCCAGCAUUCCUGUCGUGGACUUUUCCCACUGGAACACAAACGAGACAAGCCGCCAGCGAGUCGCGCAAGAGAUCGUCACCGCUUGCAAGGAGGUGGGGUUUGUGUACAUCACCAACCACUCACUGCCAGAGUCGAUGUUAGGCGAAGCAUUCCACUGGUCAGAGCGAUUUUUCAAGCUGGCACAGGAUGAAAAACUCAAGGCGCCUCAUCCACCAGGUUGGGCUGUACAUCGAGGGUACUCGUGGCCUGGACUGGAGAAGGUAUCACAGGCCAUGAGUACCGGGGUUGAUGAAGAGGUGACUGAGCAGUUGAGGGAGAUACCAGAUAUUAAAGAAAGUUACGAUAUAGGCAGCGAUGAAAACCAAUCCCAGCAAAAUCAAUGGCUACCCGAAGAAAGUCUCACCGGAUUUCGAGACUUUAUGCUACGCUUCUACUGGGAAUGUUUCCGCGUCGGAGGCGAGAUCCUGCAAGCACUCGCCAUCGGCCUCGAUCUGGAUGAGAACCACCUAUUAGACAAACAUUCAGGCCACAACAACCAGCUCCGUCUACUACAUUACCCACCCAUCCCCGCUGAGAGCAUCGAAUCAAACCGCGCAGCUCGAUGUCCCGCCCAUACAGACUGGGGUUCGAUCACCAUGUUAUUCCAAGAUGACUGUGGCGGCCUAGAAGUGGAGGAUAUCACCUCACCGGGGUCAUAUAUACCUGCAACACCUAUCAAGAAUGCAAUUGUGAUGAAUGUGGGGGAUUUGCUGCAGAUGUGGAGUAAUGGUUUGUUUUCGCUCACAUGUCUUUCUAUCCAAUCUACAAACUCCAUGGAUAUCGCCAAGCGCCGAUCACUGACUAAGAAAUGUCUUGGCACCGAAAUAGAUCAACCAAGUCGCGUCUCUUACCAGGACCCCGACCGCGUAGCUACGAUGUACGGCGAACUCGGCAACAAACUGGUCCAACACGCCAAACGCACCCAAUCCCUCGCCCACCUCCCCCCCUACCAAACCGAAAUAGUGCGCGCCGUAACCCGCGAAGUCCGCGAUCUAGACCGAGAUGUCACACGCCUCCUAGCCCCCUUCGAAGGCGCCUUCAACCCCUCCACCGACCCAGCAGUCGCCUGCGCCCUGCUAGUCGACCACCUCUGCAUGCGCCGUAACAAGCGCUGCCUGCUCGCCUACCACCGCGUGCGCACGGAGAAACUGGAGGAGUUGUGUUGGCUUGGUGUUGAUAUUCUUGAGCAGCAGCAGCAACAGCACGCUGAGCAGGGCGGCGCUGGUGUUGGCGGGCAGAAUGCUACGUCUACGGCUUUGGGGGGUGGGGGUGGACAUAGCUCCCUUAGCCCUGAGGAGGAGGAGUAUUUCCGGUUAUAUGGGGAUAUGCUUGCUGCGUAUAAGGGCCAGUGGACGGAUAUUGAUUUGACGGGGACGUUGGAGCCGCCUAGGGAUCUUUUUAUUGAUGUGCGGGUUUUGAAGGAUGCUGGGGAGAUUCAGACGGAGUACGGUGUGAUCAACUUGACAAAGAAUAGUCAACUCUAUGUUCGACAGGGAGAUGUGGAGAGGUUGAUUUCUCAGGGAUUCCUGGAGCGAUUGAGCUGA